ACAGCAGGCAUGUCAGUGGAGCACUCAGGCUCGUUGAGAGAAGAGAUGGCCACUGAGCAGUGGGAGUCCACGGUCAUGAGUACUCCAGUCAUGAUGAGGCUGGCCUCGCCUCCUCUCACCCAGGCCUCUAUCAGAGAGACGAGGGAGCCACUGUCCCUCUCAGAGGUUCCCUCCAGUCUGGCUCGAUACGUCAGGAACGACGGAGACUCUGGAUAGCAGACAAAUAGCUGGUUGUCUAUCAUUUCUGGCCCACACUCUGAACAAGAUGACUUUAACUCCUUCACUACUGCAGCAGUAAUGUGCUCCAGUUUCAGGGACCUCUCUGAACUCUGUAACAAA